AUGGACCUCGGCCAUGCUAUGGCACUCUUACUCCAGACUUUUCACGACAGCGCCUCUGCAACCAUUCGUUGGCUACGGAACCGCAAGCCUAGGGAACGCCGUAAUGUCACAGGAUUCAUCUACGUCAGAACAGAGAUUCAAUCAGCCUUGGCAGUUAGCAACAUGCGAGUCUACAACUUAUAUCUCAAAUUCAAGUCGGUCGUGCAGGAGGGGGGUCAUCCGGCAUUCAAUGAACUGGCUCGACAGCCGCAAAUCUGGAACGCCUUCCUGUACGCCUUUUGUCAAAAACAGCAAUUCGCAAACGCAUCUCAGCUCAUCCAAGACAUGACCAAUGGCCCAACAAAGCCCAAUGUCUACAGCUGGAAUAUAUUUAUGCAGGCUUUCUUCAAGACAGGCCAGAUACAGGCGGCAGAACGAAUUUUCGAUAUUAUGCGCGACAGGAGCACUGAUCCCUCAAAGUACACCUGGGGAGUGAUGGUGCGAGGAUAUGCAAAUGCUCAACUUGUCGACCAAAUCGACAAUAUCUUACCACAUCUUGACGCCGAGGAUGAGUCGGACCCUGAUUUACUGCGAUUUCUGGCGAAAGUAGUCGAUCGGAGAAAGUUGAUGACUAUAUUGGAGAAAAGCAGGCUGCAGAAAGAGGCGAUUGCACUAGAGAGAGCGGAACAAGAAGCUGAGGCAGAGCGAUACUGGUGGCAGCGGGCGCUCGAAGCUGUCGAAGUAGCACCAACAAACGAUGUUACUUCAGUUCAAUCCGGUACGACUGGCUCUCCAGUUGAAACUUCAACUUCUCCAACCGAGGAGCGUUCUGGCGCGACUGGCUCUUCUGUUGUUGAAACCACUGUUUCUCCAACCAAAGAACAAUCGGGCUUACAUCAAGACCGAGCCAGCGAUCUCGAAACUGCAACGGAGCCUCCUCGGGUGCCUCAUAGCCAGCCAAAAGCACCGCGCGCCAACCUGCAAGACCCUGAAGUCCAAUACAGGAAGCUCCAGGAACGGUUGGGUCUUGUCCAGCCUGCCCCUCCCAUGGUUGAUGAUGUCGCGCUCAAGCCGACCAAUAUCCCCCAAGCGGCGCCCGUCUUCAAGAGUAUGAUAGACUUGGACAAGUCUAAACCCAGGGUUACAGAGCCUGGUAAAGCUGCUAGUAUGCGGAAGAGGGCUAGAUUCAAUCUUGCUAAACCCAAGGGUGGAGGUGAUUUGAGAUAA